CCGGAGGAGGGAACAACCUUCCACCGCUGCCCGGAAAUCAGCGCAAAGGAGACGCAGACACUCUGACCGCACCGCCAUGCUGAAGCCAGGUGAGCCCAGCGGCUCGGCCUUCCUGAAGGUGGACCCGUCCUACCUGCAGCACUGGCAGCAGCUCUUCCCUCAGGCGCAGCUGAAGUCUCCUCUGGCCCCCCUGCCUCCACCUGACCGCCUCUCCAUGCCCAUGGACAGCCUGCGUCAGUCCCGCCUGCACAGCCACCUCCUGGCCUCUUCGCACUGCACCUCCUCUUCUUCUUCUUCUACGGCCUCCUCAACGCUUUCAUCUUCAGUAGCUGGAGCAGCUCUCACCCCGUCCUCCUCCAUCUCCAUCUCCACCUCGGCGGGGAUCUCCCAGCUACCCGUCCCCCAGCAGAUCGCACUCUUUGGGCAGGCGUUGGCCCCGGUGUGUGGAGGACCUGGAGGAGGAGGAGGAGGAGGAGGAGGAGACCUCAUGAUGGUGGUGCCCCCGGAGAACCGGCAGGGUCACAAUCCGAUGGCGGGGCUUCUCCAUCAGGCCAAAGAGCUGAGCUGCGGGGGGGUCGGGGUGGUGUCAUCCAGCGUGAAGAGCAGCUGUGGAGGAGAGGAGGGCGGAAAAGGAGCGUCGGCCAGGUUCAAGCUCACGUCAGAGGAGCUGGACUACUACCUGUACGGACAGCAGAGGAUGGAGAUCAUCCCUCUGAGCAACCACACAGGAGAGGUCAACAACCGUUGUGACAUGUGUGCAGACAACAGGAACGGCGAGUGUCCGAUGCACGGGCCCCUCCACUCUCUUCGGCGCCUCGUCGGCACCAGCAGCAGCACGCCGGCUCCCGUCACAAUGCCCGACGUCCCUGAUUGGCUCAGAGACCUGCCCAGAGAGGUGUGUCUGUGCACCAGUACAGUUCCCGGGCUGGGUUAUGGGAUCUGCGCGUCUCAGAGGAUCCCUCAGGGGACCUGGAUCGGCCCCUUCCAGGGAGUCCCCCUGCUGCUGGACAAACUGCACUCUGGAGCCGUCAGGAACAGCAGACACCUGUGGGAGAUCUACGAUGCAGAAGGGACGUUACAGCACUUUAUUGAUGGUAAUGAUCCCAGUAAGUCCAGCUGGAUGAGGUAUAUCCGCUGUGCCCGGCACUGUGGGGAGCAGAACAUGAUGGUGGUCCAGUACAGGUCCUGUAUCUUCUACAGAGCGUGUAUGGAUAUCCCCAGAGGAACAGAGCUGCUGGUUUGGUACAAUGACUCCUACACUUCCUUCUUCGGAAUCCCCCUGCAGUGCGUCGCUCAGGAUGAAAACUUAAACGUCCCAGCCACAGUGGUAGAAGCGAUGACCAGGCAGGAGUCCCUUCAAUCCUUCAGCAAGAACGGCAAACCUUCCUCCUCCUCGUCUUCCUCUUCGUCCACCCCCUCCACCGCACACAUGCGCUCCAUGGUCUUCCCCCAUUCCCCCUGUCCAAGGAAUUUCUCCCUGUUAGACAAGGUUGGGGUUGGGCUUUCCUCGGACUCCAGUUUCGGCCAGUUGGGGUUAAAGAACCAGCGAGUCCUGGCAAGCCCGACCUCCACCAGCCAGCUGAGCAGUGACUUCAGCGACUGGCACCUGUGGAAGUGUGGCCAGUGCUUCAAAACCUUCACCCAGAGGAUCCUGCUGCAGAUGCACGUGUGUCCGCAGAAUCCAGACAGACCGUACCAGUGUGGCCACUGCUCUCAGUCCUUCUCUCAGCCAUCAGAUUUGAGGAACCACGUGGUGACACACUCAAGCGACCGACCCUUCAAAUGUGGAUACUGCGGUCGUGCGUUCGCUGGCGCCACAACGCUCAACAACCACAUCCGCACGCACACCGGGGAGAAGCCGUUCAAGUGCGAGCGUUGCGACCGCAGCUUCACACAGGCCACUCAGCUCAGCCGCCACCAGCGACUCCCCAACGAGUGCAAACCUGUGAAUGAGAGCAGCGAGUCCAUCGAGGUGGACUAACCCUCCGACUGUUCCCGGACCGACACGCUCCAGCGGCUACCUCUGAAAAGGCAUCUUCCUCACUCUGUGUUUCCUCUCCGUCCACAACAAGCCGGCAUAUUUAUCACCCAAAAACAACGAUUUUGAAAUGUAUCCAUUCCAUAGAGGAUAAACCCGAACAUUCGAACUGUAUGUUUAACUAGGAAUUGAUAUAAGAGCCAUCUAAGAGACCUCUGCUACAGGAAUCAGUUUUAUUGGAAAGUACCUAUAAACAAAUAAAGCUUUUGAAUGUAGUUUUUGGAUAUGCUAACACAGGAAUAGACAUACAGCUUAAACAAGAAUGAGAAAGCUGGACAAAGGUUAAAUACUGAACUAUAGGUAGAAGAUACUAAACAAAAAGCAAGUACACAAACAUUAUCUUCACCAGGAUGACUGACCCUAAUGAAAUAGUUUUGAAAGAGACUCCAAAACACGUCAAUUGUAUACAACUUCAGGCGCUUCACUACGUAUCAUGUGAAUGCAGCUUUACACCAACAUUCUCACAGGACAUUGGCAGACAGGUGCAAACGCGUGACAAUGGCUAACUUUAUAAUCUCCAAAUGACAGCAUGGCUCCGGUCCCAGCGGUGUGCAGCACUUUUUAGUGUCCCUGUUUCUGUUUUGUGUUUUGAGCUUCGAGCAGAGUUUUGUAUUUGCGGCGUAAACAUGCUUUUAGUAAAAGCUGCACAUGUUUCGUGAAGUUGGUGAAGAUGUUUCUUCAUUUGCAUGAGUUUUGGCACAUUUGUGUUUUUAUAUUUGCAUCACUUUUGAAACUACAGCCUUUUCUCCUAAUUGGAAAUGUUUUGGGCCGUUGUAACGCGUUUGCACCUCUCGGCCACCGUAGUAAUUCUCUGCAAAAGUACUUGGUAAAACGGAAGUGUAUCCAAUCUGUAACCAGAAUAUAAAAGCUUCAACAAAUGUCUGUAGAAGUCAUUGUGACGGUUCAUUAAAUCCGUUCCAUGAUUAGACUAAAUAUUAAAUAUGAAUACAUACCAUGACAGGUUACUGAACUUGUUAUUAAGCAUGUAGGGAUUUAUUCUAUACUGAGACAAUUACAAUAGUAUUUUUUGAUUGUAAGUCAUUCACAAUUAAUAAAUACAAAUUAGAUUGAACUGCUUCUAUGUGGACGGAGAUAAUGGAAAGACGUCAUUCUUUAAGAGCGGUUUCAGAUUUAGCCGGCUACAUGUUGACUGACUGACUGACUUCUGGACAGGAGAGACUUUAAAGCCACAUUCAUCCUACUGAAGAGAAUCCAGAUUCAACCAUACCAAAGAAAACCUUUUUUUUCUCCAGCAGAGAAAAUGAACUUUCGCAUGAAGCGGUUGGACUCACAAACUUUUGGAAUCGGAUAUUUAUUGGAGACUUUUGGGGAAUCCUGUCAGGUUUCCCUCCAAAGAAUUACUUCUUGAAACCGGGACAAGAACAAUGAAAUACCAAAAGAAAGCAGACUGUCUGUAGGGCGCGACCAAAGCAAAUGCACAUGGAGCAACUACACAAACCUCUGAGGACCACGCUCCACUUUUACAUUGAAAAUCAACUAAAUAAAAUGACAAGGAGUAUGUAUUGUAAAAAAAGAAAAGAAAAUAAUGGACAAAACCAACAUAAAUUAUAUUUAUCUUUUUCCUCAUGCUUAUCAUGCUUUGGGCACUAUUGUUUUUGAAUUGUUUUAUUUAAUGUUGGCAGAUGUAAAGAUGGCGACGAAAGGAAGGAAAAACUGAAGAGAUUAUGGAUGUGAUUUCUUAUAGAAAUAAUCCUGCAGUUUAUAAGAAAAUGUGUUAAAUAUGAAGUUGACACAGCAUGUGUUCAAAAAUGUUUUGUUUUCACAGUCAACUUUUCUGUUUCUUUCAAUUCAGAUUAAAGUAUACAGAUGACAUCUAAUCAUCUGAGGCACAAACAUCAUACCAAACUAAAA